AAAAAAAAAUCUGCAGGGAUAGAAGGAGUUUGGGUGUAGGAAGGGAACGUUUUCUGUCCUGAGAAGAAGGUCCCAUCUCAAGCAUCAGCUUCUCCCUCACUGCAGAGAAUGCUCAGGUCCCACCGGCAGCUAACCGUAUAGAAAACAUUAGCUUUGUUACUUUCCUUAAGAGUAGCCAUGGCCCAGCUACAACUGUUAUGUUUGCUGCUCUGUGUUGCCUUUGGUUCUAUAUCAGCGCAGAGUGAUGACCCAAAGACAUGUGAAGAUAAGUCCAAAUGUCCGAUAAAUGUGUACUUCAUCAUUGACACAUCUGAGAGUAUAAUCCUUCAGACCGCUCCCAUCCAAAGCUUGCUGGAUCACAUGAAGAAAUUCAUUCCUGCUUUCCUGGCAAAGCUAGAAAAUGAGGCAUACCUGGAUCAGGUGUAUCUGAACUGGCAAUAUGGAGGUCUACACUAUUCAGAUGAGGUCCAGAUCUACAGCCCACUCACCAGUGACAAGAAUGAAUACAUUUCCAAACUACGAGGUGUCCAAUAUAUUGGACGAGGUACCUUUACAGAUUGUGCCAUCUCAAACAUGACCGCUCAGAUCAAGGCACAGGUGCAGACCCAAACCAGCCAGGGGGGACGUGAACCUGUAAAUUUUGCUGUCGUGAUCACUGAUGGUCAUGUGACUGGUAAUCCAUGUGGAGGAGUGAAGACUCAGGCAGACAGAGCACAGCUUGCUGGUAUCAAACUUUUCUCAGUAGCUGCAAGUCGUGAUGUUUAUGAAUCUGGCCUACGAGAGAUUGCUAACAUGCCUCAUGAGCUCUUCAGGAAUGCUUACACAGUGACCAACCCUGAUGACCAAACCGAGAUUGAUCAGAGAACCAUUGAUAAAAUCAUUCAAGUUAUGAAACAUGAGGCUUAUGGAGAGUGUUACAGACUGAGCUGUCUGCAGAUUAAGGGACCUCCUGGUCUGCCUGGUCAGAGAGGACAGAAGGGUGCUAAAGGUAACACUGGAGAACCUGGAGGUGCUGGCCUAAAAGGUCGACAGGGAGAUCCUGGAAUUGAGGGACCAAUUGGAUACCCUGGUCCUAAGGGUGUUCCUGGUGCUAAAGGUGAAAAGGGAGAUUUUGGUGCAGAUGGAAGAAGGGGUAUACCCGGACUUCAUGGAAGAAAUGGUACAGAUGGGCAGAAGGGUAGAACAGGUCGGAUUGGUGCUCCUGGUUGUAAAGGAGAUCCUGGAGACAAGGGUCCUGAUGGGUAUCCGGGAGAUGCAGGAGACAGAGGAGAAGAUGGUGACAAUGGAAUCAAAGGUGAUCCAGGCCGGCCUGGAAGUAGUGGACCUCCCGGGGCUUUUGGAGAGAGAGGAGAAAAGGGUCCUGCAGGAAAUGUUGGAGCACCUGGAUCUCCAGGUGAGAAAGGAGGUAAAGGUGGACCAGGAAUUCAAGGACCAAAAGGGGAGCCAGGUCGUAGAGGAGAUUCUGGUACCAAAGGAGGUCCUGGAACUGAUGGGCCCAAAGGAGAAAAGGGUGAUCCUGGACCAGAGGGACAACGAGGUCUAGGUGGAGAAGCUGGUGUGAAAGGAGGAAAGGGUGAUCGUGGAGCUCCAGGCCCAAGAGGAGUUCAAGGACCUGCUGGCCCAGUUGGUAGAAAUGGGUCACGAGGAGACCCAGGUGACAUGGGAGAAAGAGGGAACCCAGGACAAGCGGGACCUAAGGGAGACAGAGGAAGACCUGGCAUUAGCUACCCAGGACCUCGUGGUCCAUCAGGUGAUAAAGGAGACAAGGGACUUCCAGGACCACUGGGGGGGCGAGGAGACUUUGGCCUUAAAGGAACAGCUGGACUAAGGGGAGAUAAAGGAGAGCCAGGUGACCCUGGACCUUUAGGAGAACCAGGCCCACGUGGACCAACUGGAGGACCUGGACUUCCGGGUGACCUGGGCCCUUCUGGUGAUCCUGCUUUGACAGAAUGCGAUGUCAUGUCCUAUGUUCGGGAGACAUGUGGAUGCUGUGACUGUGAGAAGCGCUGUGGUGCUCUGGACAUUGUAUUUAUUAUUGACAGCUCUGAGAGUAUUGGAUAUACAAACUUUACUCUAGAGAAGAACUUUGUCAUCAACGUUGUGAGCAAACUUGGAUCCAUUGCUAAAGAUCCAAAUGCUGAUACAGGUACUCGAGUUGGUGUUGUGCAGUACAGUCAUGAAGGCACAUUUGAAGCCAUUCAACUGAAUGACCCCCGUAUUGACUCUCUAUCAAGCUUCAAAGAGGCAGUGAGGCGCCUUGAGUGGAUUGCUGGAGGAACAUGGACCCCAUCCGCUUUGCAGUUUGCUUAUAACCAGCUGAUCAAGGAGACAAGACGAGACAAAGCUAAAGUCUUUGCUGUGGUCAUAACCGAUGGACGCCAUGAUCCAAGAGACCCAGAUGAUCGUCUGCAGUCACUGUGUAACCGCAAUGUGAUAGUAAACGCUAUUGGCAUUGGUGAUAUGUUUAACAAAGAGGAUGACUCUGAAACCCUGACCUCCAUUGCCUGCGACAAUAAGCAACAAGUCCAGAAGAUGAAGCUCUUCUCUGAACUAGUAGCUGAUGAGUUCAUUAGCAACAUGGAACAACUUCUCUGCCCAGAUCCUCAGGUUGUAUGUCCCGAUCUACCAUGUCAAGCAGAACUUGCAGUUGCACAAUGCACUCAGCGCCCAGUGGAUGUUGUCUUCCUUCUGGAUAGCUCUGAACGUAUUGGAAAGCAAAACUUCAGACAAGCAUCAACAUUUAUCGAGGAGGUUUCUAGACGCCUGUCACUGUCAAGGACUAAUGAUGACUCAAACAAUGCCCGGGUGGCCCUAUUGCAAUAUGGUGGAAAGGAUGAGCAAGAAGUGGUCUUUCCACUUACCCAUAAUCUAACAGAGAUUUACCAAGGCCUAGGACGUCUUAAAUACUAUGACUCCUCCUCCAAUAUUGGAAAUGCCAUUGUAUUUGCCAUCAAUAAUAUCCUUGGGCACAGCAGCCAAGGGGCACGGAAGUUUGCAGAAACCUCAUUUAUCCUCAUCACUGAUGGCGUCACUGGUCAGGAGGGUCUGGAGGAGUCUGUGACAGCCAUGAAAAAACAUAAUGUUGUGCCUACUUUGGUGUCUGUUGGUUCAGAUCUUGAUAUGCAGGUGCUGAAGAAGCUCAGUUUAGGAGAGUGGUCAGCCAUCUUUAAAGAGAAGGAUUAUGGCAGACUCUCUCAAAAUGCAUUUAUGGACAGAUUUGUGAAUUGGGUUUGUUAAACACAAGCCUAGAUCUAUCAAGAAACCUUCUUGCAUGACCUUUUUUAUCAGUACAUAAUGCUCUUGAGACCGACAGUUUCUGUAACAGAAAAAUAUCAGUAUCUUUCAAGCUUUAUGUACUGUAUAAACUAGGCCCCUGCUUAAAAAUCUAAAUUCCUAGGAUUUUGCACAUAUAAUGGCAAAACAUUUUCUCAUGUCUUGGUAAAUCAUGACCAACAGUACACAUUUUAUACUAAAACACACAAGAACACACACAUAUACACCGAUACAUACAUGGACAGACACUGACGUAAACAAAAUCGGGGUAUAUAUUUUUUCAAAGUGAACAGUAAAAAACAAACUAUUUGUGAACACGAGACAUAGGGGUUGGGAAGUAUACACAUAUAUGGCUACAUUCAAUGGCAGGUAAAUGGGUAUAAUUAAAGGGGUACUCCACCCCCAGACAUCGUAUCCCCUAUCCAAAGGAUAGGGGA